UAUUCCGUUGGCAUUAAUCACAUGGUUUGCAAUGUUUUCAACAACUUAUUUGUAUUUUUUCUUAAAUUUUUUUAUAAAUUUACGUAUUUCCUAUUUGCACCUACACUAAUUUAUCGUGAUAAAUAUCCAAGGACUAAAUCAAUUGAUUGGUUUCUUAUUAUUGGUUAUUUGAUACAAUGUCUAUCGAUAGUAAUAUGCGGACUCAUAACUCGCAACAUAUUGUUGUCCACAAUAUCACAAAUAGGGUUAAAGUCGUACCGCAAAAGUGACAUAUUUUGGGUGAUAUUAAUGGGAUAUUUAAUUGCAUUACAGCACAUGUAUACAAUAGUUUAUGGCUUUUUUCAUUUAAUUCAAAAUAUUUUUGCCGAACUCUUGCGGUUCGGUGACCGACACUUUUAUGGCCCGAUAUGGCGUACGACACGUGUGGAUGAGUUUGUUAGAGAUAUUGAUCCAAUUGUUUCAAAUUGGAUUUAUGGCUACAUUUACAGUCCUUUUGUUAGAAAAACUCAUAACAAACUGUUUAGCAUAUGUUUGGUAUUUAUAAUUUCUGGUAUAAUUCAUGAGCUGAUUAUGUCAAUGAUGUUAGGCUUCCUGUUUCCUAUUAUGCUUUUACAAUUAGGUUUAAUUAUAAGUGAGUAUCAUUAA